AUGGUCUUGUCCAAAUUCGAUGCCCUUUCUGUUCGCCCGCCAACACCACCCAAAGACCAGGAAGACACUGGCGUCGACGAGACGCUGCAGUUUCUCGAGGAUCCCUUUGGAGAGCAGCCUGUCGCGCCCAGGGUCAAAGUCGUAAAGGCGCCAAACACGCCAGAAAAGUCGCCUUCAUCCGACAUCGACGUCCCCUCGAGCGCGGCCAGCGCGAGGAAGAGAGUCAACUUUGAAUUGCAGACAUGCGGCAACAUCACCAACAAAGCCCUCGCACACUCCUGGACCCCCACACGUAGCUCGCCGCUCCGCCCACUGCCCCAAACCCGCCUCACCAAGCCGCUCAAGUCAAUCCUCAAGCCCUCCGACGGCACCCCUACGCCUCCACCCGCAGACGACGCGGUUGCCGCACACAAGUUCAAGUCCUUCGCCGAGAUGCUCGAGUCUAUUGUGAAGCUGCUUGCUUCAUCAGAGCGGUCGUCGCGCCUGGAUGCAUACAAGUCGCUGGAGAGGACUAUGCAGGCUUACGACAAGAUUCCAGAUGAACAGGCUCUCAAGCAAAAGAUGUCCCUGCUGACCCAAUUCAUUCGCCGCGACUCUCAGGCUCCUAGUAUGACUGGCACAGGACUGGACUCGCAACUAGUUGGACAAGCAAUGAAGCUGCUCAUGGCUCUGUUCCGCAUCCCGGACCUCCUAUCCACCAUGGACGACGACUUUUGCACCUUUAUCAUUGAGCGCAUCAUUCGCAUGGCUAGUGAUAACAGUAUACCCAAGACUGUCGUCAACGUCCACCUUGCUGUUCUCAUGCAGCAAAACUUCCGGCCCAAGAUUGUGACUGUAACCCGUGUUGAGAAAGCUUUGGACGCGCUCGACACCAUCCAUGAACGUGUUUCCGGAAAUGCUGUACAAGCCUACAGAAUACGCAUAUAUCGAAAGUUUAUCCAGCAACGACCAGAUGUUAUGAUCAAAUAUACUGAGAGAUGGUUUACAUUCACACUCAAAGCUCUGGUGUCAACUUCAAAAGAUAUCAGCCAGAGUGCUCUCGAUACUACUGUGACGGCCGCAAAAUCCAUUGGCCACGACCGGAACGUCGCCAGAUCCGUACUGGCUGUGCUUAACCGUACCAAAAGCGAUGGCGGGACUAUCGCGGGCGUCUUUACAAAAGAGUUGGGUCGGAUGCUGGAUGGAGAUCACGCUGUAUCGGUGCCUCAAAUCUGGGCUGCAGUCACAGGUCUACUGAAGGACUCAUUGAACGGCGACAUGUUUACCGCAAUGAAGGAAUGGCUCGAAGUUUUUCAAUCUUGCGUCUCUUCUGAAAAGGAACAGGUCAGGAUUCACUCAAACGUGGCUUUCUGCUUCCUCCUCUAUUCUGUCAAUCUAGGACCAAAUACAACCGAGGCGUGGUCAAAGAUGUUCCUGAGCAUUGCACUACAUGCGCUGCAACGGAGCACAUCCGCCAAGAAGCCUGAACGAGCUCCAAUCUCGUCUGGCUACUUCACACUGUUAUACUACGGGCUUCGCCCCACAGUUUCUUUUGCACAGCUUGACCGAUAUUGGAAUGAAUUCGUGGCUUCUGUGUGGAAUCCAUUGAUUCAUUCAGCCCCAGGCCAACAUGCCCUCCCUGCAUGUCGGUUAGUGUCUGCUCUGUUAGGUGGCUCCCGGAAACCAUGGAAUGAAUGUCGAGCACUGGAUCUCAGGCCACAGUAUAUGAUCCAACGUGGUGAGCUGCCUCUAGUUGAUCCAAGAUGGGUUCGGAAAUCAAUCGCCCGGGUACUUCGAUUUGUUGAAACUUUGUUGGAUGCCACUCUCUUGACCGAAACCAAAGACCCCGAGGACGAGCCCGUCAAGGCAAUGUGGCUCUCACUCAUCAGCUCACUGGUCGAAGCAAGUAGCAAGGAGAUUAUGGCUUCUACGGAGACGAAAGAUGCUAUGGCGCAGAUUAUCAAUUUGUUGCGCCGAAUCUGGGAUCGACACACUGCAAAGUUGGCGGUACCGCAGAAAAAGGAGGAUAUAUGGGCAGAUAAGUUCUGCUUCCUGAUAGAGACUGUUAUCCAGAAGAUGGGACCUUUCCAGUUUGCGGACAAGAGCCUUAGUCGCAACGACAAGAACGAAUUCGAGGUCGCAUCAACACCAUCCCACAGGUCACGAAGUCACAGUACGCGUACAUCGCCACUUCUCUAUCUGAUUGACCUGUUGGUUACUCAAUCAGAAGGCAAACUUGCUGAUCCUGUUCGACUCCGUGUCAUGGAAGUCAUCAUUAAGCCUUGUUUUGCAGCUCAGAAUACUCGACUAGGGAAGUUGGAGCUUUUGCGGGACUGCGCUGCAACUGUUGGUGGUUCACUCAAGGGUGCCGUGUCGUCAAGUUUUUGGGCUCAAAUCACCAGCUUGUUGAAUGCAACACUGAAAGAGUCCGUAGUCGCAUCCAACGAACGUGUCCUUGGUCCGCUUGGGAAGGAGUACGACACUGUUGUUGAAGUCCUGGGCUUGGGAGCCGACUCAUUGAUGAACAAACCUUGUGGGUAUGAGGUGUUGUCAACCCUUAUCGACACGGCCCGACGAGAAGCUGGAGAGGGCGCACUCAUCCUAGGCGUCAUCGAAAAAGUAUCCGAAUUUGUGGUGAAGCGCGUACCCGAAGAAGAACAGUCUUCUUGCCUCCCAUAUGCGAGCAUAUUGCUCCGCAAUCUUCCUAAGCAGAUGAGUCGCAAACUACUAGAUCAGGGCCGACAAAACCUGUGGCCUUCAAAUCAAUUCACUGGACGUAAUGCAGAUUUCGAUCCCUACGUUCAUCUAUAUGGAGCCGUUGCCGCCGUCAGCACGGCUGCAUACCGGGAUCUCGACAGAGACGAUGUUGAGUCAAGGAAGGACUUCCUAUCUGCUCUAGCCAUGUCAAUCCAGCACUGCCCAACCUCUCAACUUGCCGUGUAUCUCCGCAAGACGCAAGUCUGGAUUACAGUUUGGAUUGAAGACCCUGAAGAAAAGAUGCAGAGCAGAGACGAACCGCUGAAGAAUCUUCACCGUGAGGUUGUCAGAAUGUGGCAAGAAGUGAGCAAGGCUAUUGAGAGGUUACCAAGGAAGGAUAGCCAGACUUUGCUCCACCUGGAAACCUUGAUCACUGCAGGCUUUGUUAGUAGGCGACGAAGUAUCGUCAACAUCUCCAUCGAGACCUGGAACAGCACUUUUGGAAAAGAGGAUAGUCUACAAUAUCCUGCUAAUCUUGAACAAGCUUUGCGUCGUCUGCGUGGCAGUGUGGAUCUUUCGUUGCCCUCAUUGGAAGUUCGAAAGGAGGAUGCCACACAUCAGCCUUCAUUCUAUGAGUCUGACACCAGCACUGACGAUAUCAAACGACUGUUCAAGAGUCCCCGGGUGAAGGACUCACCUUUCAAAAUCUCAAAAUCAACACGAAGGUCAGCGUCAAGAUCUCCAGCAGUUCCAAAGUCAGCGUCGAGAAGGACGCCUGCAAGGGGCACACCCAAAGCUCGUCUGCGACAUGAUAACUCGCAGAUCCAGUUCGAACCCAUCGUUUCAUCGCCGUCAAAUCCAUUUGACCAAGAGUCUCAACUAUUGACCGAGCACCAAAAGGAGAUGAUUGAUCGUCAGAGACACUCGACUGGCUUAUUCGCGAACAUCAGUGCUCUCUCACCUCGACCGGACGAAGUGCCCUUGCCUAUGGAGAUUGACUCAGAUGCCUUGACUGCAGAUGAUUUGCCAGACCACAGUGUUCAAGCCACUCCACUGAAGACUCUUGCAGCGAUGGGACCGAUGGACGCCUAUCUCGGAUACUCGCCUACCCCACAUACCCGCAAGAGCAUUCAAAAUGUCGUCAGUGAGGAUACAGAUGUAGCGACACCCACUGCCGUAAGGAGCAUUCGGUACGCUGCGGAUGACGAACCAAGGUCUUCACCGCCUGACUUCCGUAAAACAACACAGUUGGAGGUCGACACAAACAAUAGUGCUGUUCUCGUUGGAUCCAGUUUCGAAUACCGACAGCCAGAGAGUACCUUUUCUACCUCUUUCGACGAAGGAACCACCAUUGACGAGGAAGCUUUACUUGAAGCCGUGGCCCAUCACGAAAAUCCGCAAGCAAACGCAGGUCUCGCUUCGGACAGUAUAAUGUCUGAGUAUCCUAGCUCAACCAUAGACCUUGAACUGACUGCUCAAAUCGACGCUGACAUGCAAGCACACGAUGAGCCUGCGACAGAUGGAACAGAGGUACCAGCGUCCGAGUCCCAGAAUGACUUUGUAGACGCUGCCUCCCAUCAGCAGCUGUCUAUCAGAGAUGGUGACCGAGUCGGCAGUUAUGCUGAGGUGGAAAACACACAAACGCCUACUCGCGCUUCCACCCGGCGUACUUCACGUAAAAGUUCCCAAGCCGAAACAACCAGCACAAAUAAAGUGGACGACUCUUUUGCUGCACCUUCUUCACAAGACACACCCAACUCGCUCCGCCGCUCUACCAGGCACUCUUCUGGUAUUCCUCCUCUCCCUCCAAGCACAAAGAAACCCCGACAUCCCCCUGGAAGGAAAGAGAGCAAAGCACAGAAGGCCCCAGCAGAAGCUCAAGACGAAAAGUUGCAAAAGCAGGAUUCAGUGGAGCCCAACGGUACAAGUAUGCUCGACAACAUUGUUGUGGCCGCUUCUCCAACACCCAAGAAGACGCGCGGAAGGAAACGCAAGUCGAUGAGCAGCAACGCCAUGUCUGAUGCCGACUUAGCAUCUCCUCAAAGCAAUCGCAAAAUGAACCUGCGCCGAUCGCACUCGACUCUGAACCAGGUCGAAAACUCACAGGACAUGGCGGUAGUCGAGACACCAGCACCCAAGCGAGCAAGGCGGAAUGACCAUCAAGAUGUCAGUGAAGCCAAGGAGGAGAUACCAUCCAGCCAGACGAAACGUUUGAGCCACAUCCAAGUCUCGCCACGCCCGCAGUCACGCUCUUCCAAUCAGACCUCACCGACGGCCGAUCACUCUAUCGAGGCAUCCAUGGACCACUCCGCCGCCGACACUACCGUAGCUACAAUCCAGCCACAGCCCUCAUUCCCACUUGAACCCGAAACAUCACGCCAUCUCACACGCUCCUCUUCGCAGCAAGCUGCCCAACUUAAGACCCCUUCGCGCUCUUUUGCCGAACGUGUCAUCCUCACCCCACGCAGCAUCAUCAACCAGCUCAAGAGCCUCAAAGACUACAUCUUUAGCACCCCGCAGCUUGUCUUUAGCAGGGAGGAAGAGAGGGAAGUUAGCGAUGCGGUGUUUCACAUCCAGAGGGGCGUGUUCACCGCGGGGUUGAAGGCAGGUGGGGAGUUGGAGUAUGAAUCAUCUGAGCGGCAGUUAGAACAGUGA